AUGAAGGACGAAAUCAUCGCCGACACCGCUCUGCUCCGCUCAGAACUCUUUUGCCCAAAGUGCGAUCGAUACUUUACCCGCUACGGUAACCUUGUGAACCAUGUGCAGAAGAAGCACGGUAUCGGAGGCAACUUGCUGGCUUCGUCUUACAUGCCGCGCGAUGGCAUCCUUGAUCGCCGCGCCUCCGAUGCCCCUAUCGCCGAGCAGGUGUGUGUAGAGUGCGACAAGCGCUACGUGUAUGCCGCCGCGCUGGCAAAUCAUCUCAAAGCCAAGCACUCCACCGACAACGUGAGCGGUCAUGCAGGCGCAAUGGACAAAAACGCCACUACUCCCAACCCCAAGCGCAAGUCGAGCGGAGAUGGUCUGGAGGACUGGGGUCACGCGAUGAAAAAGACGAAGACUUACAGUGAUGGUGGUGAGGGGCGUGAUGAAGGUGAAGGUGGAAAAGAGGGGGCUGGAGGCGUGGUAGGCUACGGGCUCGAGGAGGUGGUGGGAGGGCUCUAG